AUGGCGACAUCUGCUCGUGACAUAAAUAUACGCCGAGACCUCAACGUCUCUCAGAAUGCGAACCUUUCCACAUCCCCAACGGCAUCCUUUCAGUCUGCACCCUCGAGUCACGGAGGGUCUGCAUUUGCAGGCCGCACGAUUCCUUUAGCCAAUGCAAAGCAUCUAAAACCUUUCGCUACAGAGGACAUCAAGGUUUUGCUCUUGGAGAACGUAAAUCAAACUGGCCGCGAUAUUCUUACGGGACAAGGCUAUCAAGUCGAGUUCCUCAAAUCCUCUCUCCCGGAGGAUCAAUUAAUAGAGAAGAUACGUGAUGUGCAUGUGAUUGGUAUCCGCUCGAAGACAAAGCUCACAUCCCGCGUCCUCAAGGAAGCUCGCAAUCUAAUCGUCAUUGGGUGUUUCUGUAUUGGGACUAACCAGGUCGACCUUCAAUACGCGGCCGAGCAUGGCAUUGCAGUGUUCAAUUCUCCCUUCAGCAACUCUCGAAGUGUGGCCGAAUUGGUCAUAGCUGAGAUUAUUGCCCUUGCCCGUCAGCUAGGUGACCGCUCAAUGGAGAUGCAUGGCGGUACUUGGAACAAAGUAAGCGCUAAAUGCUGGGAAAUACGUGGGAAGACGUUGGGGAUCAUCGGCUAUGGUCAUAUCGGCGCGCAAUUGUCUGUUUUGGCCGAGGCAAUGGGCAUGUCGGUCAUCUUCUACGACGUCUUGAAUUUGAUGGCACUGGGUACUGCCCAGCAAGUGCCGACGCUGGAAGCCCUUUUGUCCAAGUCUGACUUUGUUACUUGCCAUGUCCCUGAACUACCAGAAACGAAGGACAUGAUAAGCUCCCAACAAUUCGAGCAAAUGAAGCCUGGGGCUUAUUUGAUCAAUGCUUCCCGAGGAAGUGUUGUGGAUAUUCCCGCCCUCAUUCACGCAAUGCGUUCUGGUAAGAUUGCGGGAGCUGCCCUCGAUGUCUACCCGAAUGAGCCUGCCGGCAAUGGUGACUAUUUCAAUGAUGAUCUUAACACCUGGGCCUCGGAUCUCCGUGGUCUCAAGAACGUGAUAUUGACCCCACACAUUGGAGGUAGCACCGAAGAAGCGCAGAGUGCCAUAGGCGUCGAGGUAGGACAAGCUUUAGUACGAUACGUCAAUGAAGGAACAACUCUCGGUGCCGUCAACCUCCCUGAAGUCACUCUUCGUUCACUUACAAUGGAGGAACCCAACCAUGCCAGGGUCAUCUACAUUCAUCACAACGUCCCUGGAGUUCUGCGCAAAGUGAACGAAGUUCUCGGGGACCAUAAUGUUGAUAAACAAAUGACUGAUAGUAGAGGCGAUGUGGCCUAUCUUAUGGCUGAUAUCAGUAACGUCGACAAUGCCACCAUCAAGGAAUUAUAUGAAAGACUAGAAAGCUUGUCCUCCCGCAUCAUGACCAGAAUAUUGUACUAG